AUGGGUGUUGGGAUCUAUGAAUCUGGACAUGCCAGACAUGUUCCUGGAACAGCUACGCUUUACGAAGACCAAGGUGCAGAAGAGGCUCCCAGUAGAACCAGUCAUCUCAAACACGGGACUGGAAAAGAUUCCCAGCUUCUACUUGUUCCUCAGCCAUCAGACUCACCCAAUGACCCUUUGAAUUGGCCACUGUGGAAGAAAGAUCUUACCCUCUUCGUCUUAUGUCUUACCGCUGGCGUCGCUGCUGCUCUUGGCCCAGCCAUUGCGCCGAUCAACAAAAUGUUGGUCGACGAAUUCAAAACUACCUAUCAAGUUACUGCAAGGUUUGCUGGUUGGCAGUUUUGGCCUGCUGGAAUUGCUGGACUCUUUGGAUCUGCAGUUGGGAGAGUUUGGGGUAAACGUCCGGUUUAUAUAGUUUCUACACUUCUCCUCUUCAUUGGUGCGGUCUGGAAUGCACUCGCGCAAAAUACAGAUAGCUUCUUGGGAGCAAGAAUCCUACAGGGAUUUGGGCUGGGAGCAUUUGAAACGAUUGUUCCUUCCACUGUUGGGGACAUGUACUUUGUUCACCAACGUGGAAAACGUAUCGCUUUCUACAACCUUACUUUCUUAGGAAGCACCUAUUUCAUGCCGGUUUUGGGUGGAUUCAUAUCCACAAGACAUGGCUGGCGCACUCAAUUCCAGAUAAUCAGUGCCUUCCUCGGGCCGGUUUUAAUUCUAGUUAUCCUCCUAGUCCCGGAACACGCUUAUAAUCGGCCUGCGAUUUUCGAUACCGAUCUUCACUCUAGCAGUGAUCUAAGUGAACUGGAUGAGCAAUUAGGGAAGAAUGAUGGUGCUAGGACCGAGGGAGUUGUAGGGGUGGGUGAAAAUCCAGUAACUGGAAAUGGUGCGGAAGAAGAGAGAACCACAUUGCCGGAGGGAGUUGUAUCUGCGACGGAGACACCUGCCACUUUAAACAAUGAAGCAGCUAUUGUAGCGGACUCAAGUGAAGAGAGGAAGACUUGGGUACAAGAGCUCAAGAUUUACAAUGGAAGGUUCUCAGAUGAGAGCUUUUUCAAGUUGAUAUUCACGCCCUUUGCCUUGUUUUUGUACCCUGCUACGUUGUGGGCGUUCUCGUUUCAGGGAACCUUCAUUACUUGGGGAAUCGCCGUAUCCGUGGUUCUUGCCCAGAUGUUUGCCGGGCCUCCUACCAACUUCGGUCCGGAAGAGCUCGGAUACAUGUACGCCGCGCCCUUCCUUGGGGCGCUCGGCGCAUAUAUCUUUGGCGCUUUCGUCUCCGACUGGUCAGCCAAGUGGAUGGCGCGUAAAAACAAGAACACCUACGAACCGGAGUUUAGAAUCUUGCUUGUCGUUCCGGUUGCAUUUUUCGGAUUGCCUGGGCUAUAUGCGUAUGGCCAUGUCGCUGAUUUACACCUGCAUUGGAUUGUUCCGUCUGUCCUCUACGGGUUCUUGACAUUUGGGGUUGUUAUGAUGGUUUCAAUGCUGUUGCUAAAGAACUUUUUCGCCUUUGGGUGCACCUAUUUCUUGGUUGAUUGGGUGUAUAGCGAUGGCCCUGCAAGAGUUUUCGACAUCCUCGGAGCGAUACAGACAGCCGUUUGCGUCUUAUCCAUCCCCAUGUACAUUUUCGGAAAGGCCCAGCGCGACUUCAUGGGGAGGCAUAACCUGCUUAAGAAGUGGGGAUUGUAUCCAAAGUCGGCAGCGAGUGCACUUCCUGUUGCCUAA